AAAUGGGACGCAGGACACAGUUUCCCCCAUGGGGGUCCUCCACCAUUUCUCCCACAAGGUACAGGGAGAUUCAGGAGCUUGGCUAUACGCAAUAGAGAAAAGUAAAGAUCGUGCUGUCCCCAAUCCUAGCUGGAGCCAGGAAAUGAUGGAGCAGUUCAACCGAUACAUGGAGAUGACGAAAGAUGGAAGCUGGCAAAAGUUACCCUCUUAUAGUAGUGUAUCUGAUCAUCUUUCAGCCGGCCUCUCAGCCCCAUACGCCCACGGCGGUGCCAUCGCCACUAUCCUGGACACCACACUAGGGGCCAGCGCCUUCCACGUCAGCCAAUGGGUGAUGACCGCUAACCUCAACUUAAACUACAAGAGCCCCGUGGCCUUGGGCUCCGUGGUCAGGGUGGACAGCAGGGUGGACAAAGUUGAGGGCAAGAAGAUCUUCGUGAGCGGCGAAAUGCGGAGUGUGGAUAAGCAGACCCUCUAUGCACAGGCCACUGCUCUCUUCAUUGAACUGCAGCCCGACUCUUUUCUCCGGAAAGAAAGGGACCCCAACAGCUCCCUUUAA